CUUCCGCAAAUUUUCUUCAGUCACCCGAAAGCGCCAAGAGGGAGCGUACGUUGUGUCCGAGAGUCCCACAUUGCACCACUAACAUUCGUCAUGGCUACCUCUAGUAAUUUAGGAUGCGGGCCACUGACGGUCAAAUACCUCGUCUUCAUCUUCAACUUCCUCUUCUUUAUCUCCGGGCUGGUGUUGAUGAUCGUGGGCGGCAUUGCACAGGGCUUCUUCUCCUCCAACAUGAUCUUCUUCCACGGACGCUACGAAACCCCGGCCAUGGGCAUUGUCAUCCUCGGAGCCGUCAUCCUCGUCAUUUCCUUCUUCGGCUGCUGCGGUGCCAAGCGGGAGAACGUCUUCAUGCUGCGAGUGUUUGCGGGCCUGAUGGUGCUGGUGCUGCUGCUGGAGUUCGCUGUGGCCAUCACGGUGGCGGUGCUGCGGCCCAACAUUGAGGAGCUGGUCAAGAAGAACAUGAACGAGUCAAUGCAGCAUUACGGCGACCCCAAGGACCUGGUGACCAUAUCCUGGGAUGACCUCCAGCGCAAGCACCACUGCUGUGGCACCGUCAACUACACUGACUGGCGCACCACUGCCUACGGGUCCAACUCUAGUGUGGAGGGGGUGCCAGACUCCUGCUGCAAGGCCCCAGUGAUUGAAGGGUGCGGUCACGACAUCUGGGAGGAAGCCACCCCCCCCUCACAGAUCUACAUGACCCCCUGCUACAAAGCCAUCACUGAGUCUGCCCGUGCCAACACAGGGGCCAUCAUCGGGGGCAUAAUCGGCUUGGCUCUCCUGCAGAUGGUCGGUGUCUGGAUGUCCUGCUGCCUCAUCCGGGCCGUCAAGGAGCGAUACGAGAUCCUGUAGGAAGCUUACCCCUUCUCCUCUCUCACCCCACACACACCUGUACCCCUCCCUUCACCCCCCAUCCCUCUCCUCUUCACCCCUUGGGCCUAGCACCCUCAUAGUCACGUUUAUGAGUUUGUUUAGGCUGUGAUGGGGUGGUGUGAGGUAGGGUACUGUCCCCCCUACUCUUCCUCUUUAUUUUCCAAGUAUGUGUGUGUUCCCUUCACCCCCUUCCUCCUUUCCCUUCCUCUUUAUUUGCAAGUUUCUAUCCCCUUUUGCCUCUCUCUCUCUCUCUCUCUCCCUUUUUAUCUGCAACUGUGGAUGUCCCUUUUCUCUCUCCUAUUCACAAGUGUGUAUUUCGACCUUCAUACCCUGUUUUUUCCUCUUCCUCUUUAUUUGCAAGAGUGUGUGUGGGUACCCUUUCAUCCCUCUCCUCUCUUUCACCCUCUUUAUUCACAAGUUUGAGUGUGUGUGUGUGUAUGUCAUCCUUUCCUCUCCUGCCCCCCAAGACACUCCUAUUUGAACUAUCCCUAAAAAUCCUUCCCUUACCCCCUCCAAAGCAUGCAGUCCACGGGUCGAAUUCUCAAACACUCUGCACCCAAGCUUACCUAUUUCGACAAGGCUUUCGGGGGAGUGUCGGGCAUUUCCAGGGGUAGUUUCAUGACCCUGGUGGUAGUUCGACCCUUCCUCUGUACCGUGAGCUUGAAAAACCACUCACUACAAUCUACUUCAUCUACUUUUCAGCCUCUAGAAAUAGUUGAUGUUAGGCAGAAGUGUGUGCGAAUACCGACCAAUAUUUCUCCCAUGUAUGUAACUUUAAGCUUCUGUGCACCUACUUACGCAUUCAAGACUGCAGCUAAAUACUUUCUUUGCCUCAUCUCUAACUUACUCUCUUCCCCGCAAAAAUCUAAAUGUUUGUAGCGAGAGUAAAAAGAUCAAAAUUGUAUCCGGCCAUUGUAAUUUUUCUCUUUCAUCUCUCGAUUUUAUUUUUCUGUUAGCAUUUGCAUAGAAGGGUUUAUGAUACUGCCACUUUGUUAUUCUUGUUAUUUUUUUUGUCUGUCAUUUCCUCUGUUUAUUUUUUCUCUGUCAUUCGUAUUUGCCAAGGAAACGUUUAUACUGUUACCAUAUUCUGUUUUAUUAUCAUUCAUUUUUUUCUUGUUUUCUAUCCACAUCAGCAAAAAAAAAGGUUAUAAUUCCACUCUUUUUUUUAAUCUCCUACCACUUUCUUUAUUUUUCUACCACUAGUAUUGUCAAAAGAAAGGAUAAUAUUGUCACUUAUUUUAUCUGUUACCACUUUCUGUUUUUUUCUAUCAGUAAAUGGAAAGAAAAGUUUAUAAUAUUGCCACUUCUAUUGUUUGUUUCAUCUAUUACCACUUUCUUUUAUUUUUCUCUAUCCUAAUAUUGCCUCUUGUAUUUUUCAUAGCAACUUUUUUAUUUAUUUUUUCUUUCAAUAUCGGCAAAGAAAGGUUGAUAUUAUUACUCACUUGCUUACUUUCCAUUGUUAACCUUCUUUUGUUUAGUUAUCAUUGUUAUUUUUCCUCUUAAAGAAACAUUAAAAUCUUCCCAGGACUUUGAUUUCAGAUUAACUCUUCAAAAUGUUCCUAAUACCACUUUUUUCCAUCAAUAUUGGCAAAGAAAGGUUGAUAUUAUUACCCACUUGCUUACUUUCCAUUGUUAACCUUUUUUUGUUUUGUUAUCAUUGUUAUUUUUCCUCUUAAAGAAACAUUAAAAUCUUCCCAGGACUUUGAUUUCAGAUUAACUCUUCAAAACGUUCCUAAUACCACUUUUUUUCCAUUAAUAUUGGCAAAGAAAGGUUGAUAUUAUUACCCACUUGCUUACUUUCCAUAGUUAACCUUCUUUUGUUUAGUUGUCAUUGUUAUUUUUCCUCUUAAAGAAACAUUAAAAUCUUCCCAGAACUUUGAUUUCAGAUUAACUCUUCAAAACGUUCCUAAUACCACUUUUUUCCACCAAUAUUGGCAAAGAAAGGUUGAUAUUAUUACCCACUUGCUUGCUUUCCAUAGUUAACCUUCUUUUGUUUAGUUAUCAUUGUUAGUGUUCCUCUUAAAGCAACAUUAAAAUCUUCCCAGGACUUUGAUUUCAGAAUAACUCUUCAAAACGUUCCUAAUAUUUUCUCGUCUUUUUCCAACAUUAACGAAGGGGAAACAAAAGACAAAUUCCCAACGUGGUGUAAAGUUAUCGUAGUUCACUUAACUUUACCAUCACCAUGUAUCAUUACUAUUAUCAUAACUAUCAUUAUUAUUAAGACAGCACUCGGGCCUGAUGUUUGUAUGUAUCCCUGAAGGCCCAGUGCAUCUAUCAGUAUCCACAUGAUAUAAAAAUACACUUAUGCUUUAGUAUUAGAAGUAGGACAAGGGCGAAAUGGGCUUAGGUUAUAUUUUGCUAUUGGUGGGUUCCUUGGUAGUAGGGUAAGGGCUGGAAAGGGUAAGGGUUAUUUUUUCACAAUUAUUGGGGUGUUGCAAGUCCCUAAAAGCUGUAGUAAGGGUUAUGUUUUCCCAUUGCUGUGACUCCUUGGUAUUAGAGUAAGGGCUUGAAGGGCUAAGGGUUAUUUUUCCACUAUUGGCAGGGUGUUUGAAGUCCUUAAAGGCUGUAGUAAGAGUGAGAUGGACUAAGGGUUAUGUUUUCCCAUUGGCGGAUUCCUUGGUACUAGUGAUAGAGUAAGGGCAAGAAAGGCUAAGGGUAUUUUUCCUCUAUUGGCAGGGUGUUUGAAGUCCCUAAAGGCUGUAAUAAGGGUAUGGACCAUGGGUUAUGUUUUCCCACAGGUGUUACUCCUUAAUAUUAGGUUAAGGGCGAGAAAGGCUAAGGGUAUUUUUCCUCUAUUGGCAGGGUGUUUGAAGUCCCUAAAGGCUGUAAUAAGGGUACGGACUAAAGGUUAUGUUUCCCAAUUGAUAUAAGAUCCAGUAAGGGUUAUUUUUUACUAGUGUUGGGAGUCCAUUCAAAGGCUGUAUUAGUGAUGUAAGGGCGUGCAUAAUAGGGUUGGGCCUUAGUUAUGGAGUGGAAUUAAUAUACUGAGGUGAGGAAUGAGGUUUUUCUUUUCUUGUUUUGGAGUAUUAAAGGAAGCAGUUCAAGGGCAUAACGGAAAUGAAAGUAGCAAGAUAAGGCCACUAUUGCUUGCUGGAUUGAAGGGAGUUGAAUAAACAGGCAUUUUUGUAAGCUUUGGUGUUUUCUCCCUUUGUUUGUAUUAGUAGUAUAUAUCUUAUUAUUAUUAUUAUUUAUUGUUAUUAUUAUUAUGUAUGUUUUUAUUUCCUCUUUUUCACAAUUUUCAGCAUUCAUAUCUGACUUUUGGAUUGCACUGAUUUUCUUUUCAUUUUUCAUUUUUCCUCUUUAUUUCUUUGUUUAUUUUAUUUAUUUAUUUGCAUGCAGUGAGUUUGUUGGCCAAAUAUAUGAAGAAUAGAAUGCAAACAACAAGACCAGUGCCAUAUGAUGUGAUUUGUAUUAUUAUUAUUAUUAUUAUUAUUAUUAUUAUUAUUAUUAUCAUAGGGACUGAAUUAUAUUAGCUGAAGGGGAAGGUGGAGGAAGACAGAAUUUCAGUAUUGGUUUAUAUAUCAGCUGGAGCAGAAGAAAAGAGGAGGACGAGGAAAAAGAGAAAGAAGGAAUUAUCAGCAACACAUAUAAUAAGGGAGGCAAGGUGAAUGAAAAAAAAGUUAUCCGUUACAUGCAGGAAGGGAUAACAGGCGGUAAUUAUCACUCAUUUAGUAUCUUAAACAGACAUAUAUAAAAAUAGGGAAUGAAGACAGGCCUGUGAUUCUGGUAGACUUUUUUUGGGGGGGUGGGGGGGCUAGAGGGCAUAGUAGGUUCAUGAGGUGGAGGGUGGGGUGAGCGAGGCAAGUAUGUGUAAUUUGGGGAUUUCUUUUAAAAUACGCACUUAGAGGAGCAUUUUGAGGCCAGUAUAGAAAACCUUGUGGGGCCUAUAGCUAGCCUUCCUAACCCCCCUGAAAGAGGCUGAUUGAAGUGCUACCGGAGUAAAAGGAAUAGAGGAGGAAGAUGAGUGAGUUUGAAGAUCCUAAUACUAAGUUAAGCACAUGACCUUUCUCUGGCCGUCUUGUUAUCAUCAUCAUCAGCAACAGCACCUCCUAGCCUUAGAUAUGUUGACCAAUUUGUAUGCACCUUCGCGAUUGCUGGUGUGAGAAGGAAAAAAUAAAUAAAAAGUGAAUGAACUGAGGUAACGAAAAUGAUAACAUGUAUUUAUUUUGCUUGUUUCUCCAAAGUGCCAUAAAAAAAAAAAUGGAUCUGAAAAAGUUAGUGCCAAGAGAUUAAUACUUUUCUUUUUGACAUUAAUUUUUAUGCUUUUUUUUUUUUUUUUUCCCCCCCUAGAAGUCUGUACACGUUGGUCAAUGUACUUCACUAGAUAAUAUAUAGCACUCCCUCCCCCCCCAACACCAACACCACCACCGACACCUCCUACCACCACCACUUCACGGCACUUGUCAUGUCAUGGUAGUGAGUGCCAAAGUAUCGAUUUCUUUGUUUAUUAGGUUAUUCUCUCUCUCUCUCUCUCUCUCUCUCUCUCUCUCUCUCUCUCUCGUCAUCCUCCAGCUGUUUUGAGUUCACUGUAAAAAAGGACAGUCGACAAAAAAUAAACUAUGUAUCAAAAAUAGAAUAUGAAAAUAAAAAAAAUAAUUGAGAAAACCCUUGAUAUAAUAAACAGUAUGAAGUGGA